AAUGAAAUGCAUUCGCACAGUUAAAAUCCCGACCCCUCCAAGCAACGUCAUUGUCAACCAUUUUGUUGUCCCAAGGUCGUUUCUGCGCGUUCCCAUCUCAGAGUUCGAAUCCUAAAAGUGCAUAUGCAUAUAAUAUCUGCUGCUGUUGCGGGCAGAGUUUUUUUGUUGUUAUUGUUUUGUUGUUUUUUUUCUUCUGUUUCACCCAUUGGUCGCUUGCUUCAUUUUGAUUUCCGUCGUUCAUCGACUGCGGCUGUGGCAGCUGUGAAACACACAACUGCUUCUCUGCACACAGUCGUGUUGAGGUCAUGUUCCGAUGAGGAGUAGUAGCAGCAGUAGCAACAACAACUACAACGAAAACGGGAUAGGACGUUUCUGUUCGAUUCGGUCUAGCGAAGAAGGAUUAGGAGGAGGAGGAGGAAGAGGAAGAGAAGGACGACGAAGUGGUGGUGGUUGUGUUGACGACGUAGAAGAGAGCAAAAGGAUGAUGGAGAACAGUUCGGAGCAACCGAAUUCGAUGCUGCACGUGAGCCAGCUACAGAUGUACCCGUUACCGACGGGGGGCGAUAACACGGGUGCCCCACCGCCGUUCCAGCUUCUCUACGGGGAGGGAAUCGUCCACUCGGGUCACUCUGUGUACGGUUCGGUGGUGCUCACCAAUUAUCGUCUGUUUCUGCAGCUGUGCGAAACGCAGCAUCACGUACCUCUGGGUCUGCUGGAGGUGGCGGAGCAGAGGGAUCUGUUCUAUUUGCACAUCGGCUGCAAAGAUGCGAGGACCUAUAAGCUAACAUUCGACAAUAACGAGACGUGCAGCGAUUGGUGCAGUCGUCUGACCAAAGCGUUCGCCCCGCCCACCCACCUGGAGGAGCUGUUCGCGUUCUUCUAUUUCGUUUGGAGCAAGGAGGAUCCGAUGCAUACGGUGGGGAGUCGCCUCGAUACGCAGCACGAUUUGCUCCACGACGAGAGAAGUUUCAACGCGGAGGUGGAGCGAUUGAAAUUCAACCUGCACGGCACUUGGCGCAUAAGUUCGGUGAACAAGAACUACAAGCUGUGCAGCAGCUAUCCGCCGAACAUCCUGGUGCCCGCCUAUAUAACGGACGAGGUACUGGAGACGGUCGCCAAGUUCCGCAGCUCCCGCAGGAUACCAGCAGUCGUCUGGAGACAUGUGGGGAACGGGGCGGUGAUUGCACGCUGCAGUCAACCGGAGGUCGGAUGGUUAGGUUGGAGGUCGGCCGAAGAUGAGGAUCUGAUAAAGGCUAUUUCGGAGGCGUGCACGCAGGACCGAGGGCCGCACACCCUCUACGUGUCGCAUUCGCCUGCAUCGGCAAAUUCGAGCAUCGACGAAUCUACGCACAUCCAAAGUGACAUCGAGAUUACAGAAAGGAAGAAAGUACUGAUCAUGGACGCCCGGUCGUAUACAACGGCGGUUGCGAACAGAGCGAGAGGCGGCGGCUGCGAGUGUCCAGAGUAUUAUCCGAGUGGCGACAUACAGUUCAUGAAUUUGGCAAACAUUCACACCAUAAGGAAGAGUUUCCAUUCGCUGCGACAACUGUGCGCAUCCUCAUCUGAUCAACCCAAUUGGUUCAGUCAGCUGGAAGGAACGCGCUGGCUCCACAACAUGUCCGGUCUGUUCAGGGCGGCGGUGACUCUGGUUACAGCGGUGGAGAGGGACGCUCGACCGGUGCUCGUCCAUUGCUCGGACGGUUGGGAUCGAACUCCGCAGAUCGUCGCGCUCGGAGAGAUCCUCUUGGAUCCGUUUUAUCGUACAUUCGACGGCUUCAGAGUACUGAUCGAGAGAGAGUGGCUGUCUUUUGGGCACAAGUUCGCGGACCGUUGCGGUCACGCAACCGGAAGCGAUGAUCUGAACGAAAGAUGUCCGGUCUUCCUGCAGUGGCUCGACUGCGUCCAUCAGCUGAUCCAUCAAUUUCCGUGCGACUUCGAGAUGUCGCACACUUACCUGGUGAAAUUGGCUCAACACGUGUUCUCGAACCUCUUCGGCACCUUCCUCUGCAACACGAAGAUGGAACGGGAGCGCAUCUACGAUACGACCUUAUCCGUCUGGACGUUCCUCAGCAACGUGGACUACAAAAAUCACCUGUACGCGCCGCAGUCAACGUCCACUGUGCUUUGGCCGAAGUACCAGGUGCGUGACCUGAAGAUGUGGUCGGAGGUGUACCUGGGCUCGAUGGAAAUGCAGAACGGAUCAACAACAAACGGUAGCGACGGCGGCGGCGGCUCUCAACCGAACGGUGACGUCGUCUCCCAGCAGAAUAAUCAACAGCAGCAGAAGCAGCAGCAACAACAACAACAACAGCAGCAGCAGCAAAUGACCAAGACGCGAUCAUAUGGGGACCUUCUUCAGGCGUCCGGGAGUGGAACACACGUGCGCAGAUGCAGCGACCCUAGCGUCAUAGUGGAGGCCAUAAAAACUAACGGACACAAAUUGGACGCGGACUCUGCGGUCGUCCUAAACGGCGAUGGUAACUCCAAAGACUGCGACACCGAUUUUUUAUGUGAACUCGAGGGUGACGACUGCAAAAGCGAUUGCAUUUAUAAUAAGAACGCCCGACGAGAUGAGCCGACUGUCGCCGGACAACAGAAACCGAAGCAUCUACUAGAUGCUACCAAUCUUGUGAUAGAAAAGACUGAUGAAGACGACGACGACGACAACACUUGCGUCAAUUGUAACAAUGUCGAGAGUAAGAUGAGCAAAGUGGAACAGCAGCAGCAACAACAACAAAUGAGGAGGAGCAGAUUGACGAACGGAGGUGAUUCGAUUGACGGUGGCAGUGUUGCUGCAGAUGCCAAGUGUGAUAGCGCUGUACUGGCGAUAGACUUUAAAAGUAAACAAUGUAAUCGUACCUUGGAUGAUGAUGAGGCUGAUGGAGGAUUGGACGGUUGCGGGGCUGCAGACACUGGAGGUGGCGAACUGAUGUUCAGCGUUUGCUUGGACAAGAGCGUCGGAGAUGUCAUCGUCAAUGGGAACGGACGGUCAACGAAGGACGCGGAUUCCGUCGAUUCGGACACGGAGCCGAGCAGUGAGAGUAGGUCCGACAAUAUCGUCACAGUGAUAGGCGAAGCAGGCGGCGUCAGAAGAUUGACGGACAACUCUGUGGACACGAGCACCGAAACGCUCGUCUCCGAUAACAACGUUGGAGGAAGCACGUCUUCCAAGGAAUUGAACGGUUUCGAGAAGGUGGUCAGCGCCGAUCUGCCUUCGUGUGACGGUGGCGGCGGCGGCGGAAGCAACAGCGACUCUUACAAGAUGUGCGCUCAUCGCAGCAAAUUCGUCCACGGCAAGCACAGUCACUCCCACGACCAGCACUUGCAACAACAACAGCAACAGCAGAACGGAGGAGGAGGUAGCGUCGUUAGCGAAAGGACGUCCAGCAGAUAUCCGACGCCGCCUCAGUAUUCGCGCACACCCAGCGCCAACGGUUGGGACAGUUUCCUUUACUGCAACAACAGUCCACCCAAGUACCACAGCAGCACCAUCCUAGACGACGACGGUCUUAUGCCGCUCAAAUCGGACGUGCAGGAACGUCUCAAACAGAUCAUGGAGGAGAACAGGAGAAAAGUUGAAGCCCUGCAGAGGGAAUUGCACACGUACAGGCAGGCGCUCAUCAAGCAAGUCUGUCACAAGUGCAGUCACAACGAAGCGGAUAAAAACGAUGAAACGGCGGCGUGCGAUGAGGCAGAGAGGUCGUCUCCGUUGCAGUUGCUGUCUCCGCCUCAGUCGAGUUCAGUUGUGGAGUCGGUGUGCAGCGCUGGCGAGGGGCAGGCAUCGGCGGUCGAGUCUCUUCGAUCGGACAUGUCGUGGGAGGCGGUGGAGGAGGGUCCGUCGUUGCUCGAGGGAAUUCCCACGUUGUGGGUGCCGGAUCAUGCCGUCUCCAGGUGCACCGGGUGUAGCACAGUCUUUUGGUUGGGUCGAAGGAAGCACCACUGCAGAAAUUGCGGUCGCAUCUUCUGCGCGGACUGCUCCGAGAACAGCACUCCUCUCCCAUCCGAACAACUGUACGACCCGGUGCGCGUGUGUACCUCCUGCUACUCCAAGCUGCGGCGGAGAGAGUGCGGUGAAAUCCCCGAACAGUGCAAACAUUCGUCCUCUUCGGCGGCCAACAACAACCCGCACCAAAUCACCGCAACCAGCAACUGAUGAAGAAGAACGACGUGUAGAAGGAGGAGGAGGAGGAGGAGGUGGGUGCAGCAGCAGCAGCAGUGUGAGCGGGAGGAGGGUGUACGACGACGACGAAGAUG